ACUACAUUGAAAAUAUCAUAUCAAUUGGAAAAAAAUAAUGUAUCUGUAUAUCUCUGGAACAUCACCGACCGGAAUUUUCUUGAAUCCUCACGCCGACAGCCACAACCACUAUGUCUCUCUCCGUCGAUGAAUCAAUCAUCCAAUUUCAUUUCUAGCCCUUUCAUAUACACCUUGUUUCAUGAAACAACAACAUACAAAAAUGGAAAUGGAAAAACGUAUUGACUUCUUGCGAUGGCUUGAUAUCGACAUGGUACUCAAAAUCCUCACCUGUUUGUAUGAGCCAGCUGACCUUAUCCGUGCAUCUGCCGUCUCUAAAUACUGGCGAAAUUUUGUGAUUUCUUACGGACUUUGUAAGCAACUCUGUGUUAGAAAAUAUCCUCAGCUUGCCACCAUUGCUCAUGUAGCCGAACUAGCCUCUGAUGACGGUCCUUCUGACAACAUAUUGAAUACAGAACACAAGGCAUACGGUUCUUUAUAUCGAGCUUUAACAUCAUUCCCACCGAGUUUUUGCAUCACUUAUCCAGUAAGUGCUUCAAGCACUGAUAACUACCCUGAAGAAAGUAUCAUCAACACUCUAGAUCCUAGGGACCGAGUUCUCGAAAGGGCCUCCUACUGGUCAAGUAAAGGACAAGUGGAUCCUGAUGUCCCAGAAACUCUGAUAUAUAAUCUGAGUUCUAAUUUGUGUGUUAUUACAGAGAUUAAUAUUUCACCGUUUCAAGCCAUGUUUCAGCUCGGGUUUCCGAUCUACUCAGCGCGAUUUGUGCGAUUCAGAAUGGGACAUCCAAAGUCUUUUAAAGACAUAGAUCGUGAUUUUUUGGACUCUCAAGAAAGUGCAGAUGACAAGUUUGUUUGGACGUAUACUUCACAAACUUUCCCAAUGCUUCAGGAGAACCGUUUACAAAAGUUCAAGCUGCCUGAGCCUGCACUUUGCAUCGGUGGUUUUUUGCAAAUUGAGUUGCUAGGUCGGGUCCAGAAACAACGAACUGAUGCCAAGUACUAUAUAUGUGUGGCUCACGUCCAAGCUAUAGGAAGUCCAUUAUCACCGGCAUUUAGUGUCGACUUCCUGGAACCAUCCAACACUGUAUCUCUCAAUUACAAUGCUGAAGAAUUCGAACGUACAUUACAAAAUGCUUCUGAUGGGAGUAAUAUUUCACUGAGUACAAGUCUGCUUCCUGUAGAACCCCCACGAGACCUCGGUUGGGGAAACUUGCAAGAAUUCAUUGAGAUAAUUCAAAUGCAGGCACAUCAAAAUGUUAUUGACUUUGCAUGGAUUAAUGAUGAGUUCGAGGGGGAUGAAUAAAUUGGAUUAAUGAUCAGUUUUUUUUGUAGAUAUGUAUUUUUUUUGUGUUUGUUGUAUAUGUCUAUGUUUUGCUCUUUUUUAUCUUGUGUACUUGAACUGGGUGUUAUCGAGUGAAGCAGUUGUUGACUUCUUGUGAACACCCCAGCUAGCCGGGUUUGACAACCGACCAUGUAGCUAAUGGUUUAUAGCAUUACAAUCUGCAAACAUUCAAUCAGGAAGACGUUUUAAUUUACAAUA